AUGAAAGGAAAAUCCAAAGACGACGUGGAUGCCGCCCUACUGAGAGCGCGGGAUCGCGUCUACUUCCACAUCAGAGAUCAUUUGGUCAUUACAUACGACUUUGUGAAGGAAAGAUUAAAGCUGAGCCCCGAGAAUCUUGCCAAAGUGGUCAAGUUACUGGAAGAACUCGGGCACACAGUAACAAAGAAACCCCCAGCCGUCCAACCUUUUAUAGUCAAGUUACCAAUAGCCCCAAGAACUUCCACUCCAAAAUCAGAGCCUAUGCAGGAAGACCUUGUGCCCCAACCAGCUACCUCUGAGCGAUCCACAGAUGAGGAGGAUGUAAGAACGCCGAUACGGACCGAAACAAAUAGCAGGACUGUGAUAGAGGACACGGAGGAGGAGGUGGAAGAAGAUUCAGGUGAUGAAGGGCAGCCCCAAUCCGCCGACGAGGCCGAGGGAGUCCACGGCCCCGGUGCGCUCGAACCACAAGAAGACCACGCCCAAUUCCCGGACAGAUCCUCCCCAAGCUCAAUGGAAUCAAACUAUGGACGGUCUAUUUAUGCACGAGACUCCAUCAGGAAAAAGAUGCGGAUGGCGGGAUUAUAUCGUCAACAUCCGAUUACAGAUUCCUAUCUAGGACAGUUUGUAAAAUUCCUCUUAGAGCAGGAAAAGCUCAAAGAACAAGCUUGUAGAAAUAUGGCUCAAAAUGUCAGCAAGCUCAUGUAUUACGUAGAUUCAUCUAGAGUAAACCUUCAUGCUCUUCAGCCAGAAAAGGUCCAGGAAUUUUUUAGCAGACUUAACGAAGCGGGCUUGUCCUUUUUGACGAAGAGAAACUAUCACAAAUGUGUGAAACGUUUCCUGGGCUGGGUAACAACCGGAACUGACAUCUUCAACAUCGAUCGACCACUUUACAUGCUGCUGCGCCAUGUUGAAGACUGUCUGGCCAAGUGGUCAAGGGAACUUCUAGCCAAACGUGUAAACAGGCACAGGAAAACAGUAGAAGAAUGUCAAGUUAUACUCAGGGUUGCAGCUAAUGACUUUAAGUCCAUCAUCCAUCAAACUGGCGAAAUUCGGGUGUCUGACUACAUCCUGGUUUUAAACUACCUGACAGCUCUCCUUUGCUUAAAGCAUUUCCAAAGGAGGAGUGUUGCCGAGUAUUUUAAGGUGGAGGAAUGGGCGACUGGAGUUGAAUUGAGGCUUGAUGGAAAGAAAUUUUGGACUUUCUAUGCCAAAGAGAAUCAAGCUGGAAACACCCAACCGGCCACGUUCUGUUUGGAUGAGGAUGAAUAUUGGUGGUUCCAGCGGUAUUUCGAUCACUUCCGCCCACCAUACGCCGCAAAGGAAGAUGCCCAUACAGCAUGUUUCUUCCUUUCAACAAUGGGCAAGAAAAUUCAUAACGCCGCAAACGACCUGAAUCGUUUCCACAGAAAAGAAACCGAAAGCCCGGUUUUUAGCCAGUAUGCCGGAGAUGAGAAAGAUGAAAAGAUCCAGAAAGGUGGAAAAGAAAUCUCAUUGGUCCCGCAGAAAGAACGUAGCCAUUAA